CAAAUGCAGAUGUAUAUACUAAUACCAUACUUGAGCUGACUUGCCAUUUUUUCUACUUGUUUGUUUUGUCCUUAGCGACCGGGAUCGCCGAUAAAAUUUCAUGAGCUCCUGUUAGCUCUCAUUUGAAUUCAAGAACCGGCACGCGUUAUAACCACCAAACGAUUCUCUCUCAUCGUCUUUCUUGACUGAGUCCUCCAAUAUCCUUCUACUUUGUUCUUCCGUGUGUCGUUGUUUUCGAAUUAUCCAAAAUGUUGAAGGGAAUGGUUGCUCUUGUAACUGGGGGUGCUUCUGGACUAGGACUGGGAGCCGUGCAAAGAUUUGUAAGAGAAGGUGCCAAAGUUGUUAUCGCUGAUUUACCUACAUCCAAGGGACACGAUAUUGCUAAUGAAUUAGGAGAAUCAGUUUUAUUUACACCAAUGAAUGUGACGUCGGAGCAGGAUGUAAUGGAUGCGUUGGCUCUAACAGAGGAUAAGUUUAAGAAGUUGGAUGUCGUGUUGAAUGCGGCAGGAGUAGCUGUCGCAUACAAGAUUUACAAUUUCAAUAGAGAUCGUGCGCACAGUUUAGAAGAUUUUCAAAGAAUAAUCAACGUAAAUACUGUUGGUACUUUCAACGUGGUCAGAUUAGCCGUAGCACUUAUGUACAAGAACAAGCAGAACGAGGACGGACAACGUGGAGUGGUGAUCAACACAGCGAGUGUUGCGGCUUACGAUGGACAAAUGGGUCAGACAGCGUAUUCUGCAAGUAAGGGUGCGAUAGUUGCCAUGACCCUACCGAUGACCCGCGAUUUGGCAAAGGUUGGGAUUCGCGUCAACACGAUAGCGCCUGGUAUAAUGGAAACACCUAUGCUGCUAGCAUUACCGCAUAAAGUGCGUGUAUACUUGCAAGAAACGAUACCGUUCCCAUCGAGGCUCGGUAAACCGGACGAGUUCGCUCAGUUGGCGCAACAUAUCAUCGAGAAUCCUCUUCUGAAUGGAGAAGUGAUUAGAUUAGACGGUGGUCUUAGGAUGCCGGCUUAAGGAUUUAUGCGAGCAGGCAAACGUCGAGUGAUUGUCUGAACAUUAGAUCGGAUAAGGGAUUCUUUACAUUUCUAUCAAAACGAAAAAUAUGUAACACAGGACAAACAGAAAGAUAUACGGAAAUAUAUGUAUAUGCAAGAGAAAUGAAAACGAA